AUGUCGCGCACAUCCCGACUCUCGGAACCUCUCCCAUCUUUCGCCCAAAGUGUGACCGAAAACAGCCUUGUCGCACAGACAUGCGACAGCAAUUUUACCCGUGAAUCAAGUGUGGCAAGAAGUGGCACCCAAAGUGUUGAACCUCGAUUCCCGUCUCUCGGCCUUGACCAAAGCAAUCAUGGGUUGUCUCCGGCCUCCGGCAUCCUAGCCCCCGGAAGACCCCCGACCCAGUUUGUCCAGAGUAUUGAUCAACUGGAUCAUGGCCAUGCCCAGCUGUUCGGCGCAUCCGCCGAAUCAGACCCAUGGCUGCUGCGACAUUGCUGCUUUGAUGAUUCUGGCAUGAAGCAUUUCUAUAAAGUACAUUUUCGUAACGCGGGAGGAGUUCCGACGGCACAACGAAUCCCCGUACAUUUUAUGAUUUCUUCGGACGGACUCGCUACCAGCAUUAAACAUGAGACAAGGGCCGGAGUGGGUGAAGCGACACGGGAACGCCUGAACUAUCUAGUGCCUCUCGAAUAUGGAAGGAGACUAGUGGCUCUAUUCGUAAAGUAUGUCUUCCCUGCUUUGCCAAUCAUUUCCCGCUCACAACUUGGCUUGACUGCGCCGUCAUAUCAGCUACCGGAGGUGUUGGUAUUAGACAAGGUGCCCGUGCACCUUCUUGCGGCCAUCUACGCGUCGGCGUUCCCAUUCGUCGCUCAUGAUGAUUAUCUUUGUGUGCUGAGCACCUAUCAUGCGUCACCGGUGGAAACAUUGUGGCGCAUGGUCUAUGAGCUUGUGACGGAAGAGAUCCACACUCCACGUCUAGCCGUGGUACAGGCUGCCUUACUGUACAUCCACCAGGGGCCGAGAGACGAAGCCCGCCUCACAACCGCCGACACUCCAUUUCUGUGGUCUUUUGUCGGCCAAAUCGUUGGACUAGCCUGCUCCCUUGGUCUCCACAUCGAAUGCCGCAUGUGGGGCAUUCCGGCAUGGGAGAAGCGACUCCGACGAAGGUUGUGGUGGGCCGUCUAUGCCGAAGAUAAAUGGCGCAGUCUGUUGAUGGGUCGCCCACCCUACAUCCAUCCUUCUGAGUGGGACGUCAGUGAUUUGGACGAAGGAGACUUUCUUGUGGGCCCACGUCAAGGAUUUUCAACUUGUUCCUGUGAUACCGAGAUUCCAUUCCGAUACCUCAUCAACCUGGCGCGAAUCGGCGAAGAGAUUCAUGACACUUUCUAUAGUACACUCCGCGCGUCGCAACUUUUGAACGCAAACUUCACUGCCUCCUCAGAACUUGGCAGGAAUCUACUGGAGAAGUUGAAUGCGUGGUACUCUUCUCUCCCGGAGACCUUUCGGCUUCCUAACUGGAGCAAAUCCGUUAAUGGGCUUGCCCCGUAUCCUACAUCCAUUCACUUUGCUUAUCUGUUGCUGGUGGUAUAUGUGUAUCGCGCGAUGCUUAGGCCGAUGGCACGAUCAUCAGAGCCCCCCCUGAUUUUCGACUUGGAGGAUAUGACUCCUACAUCUCCAUUCCCUGUGGAUGAGUCAAUACUUGACUUUGCCGAUCUCCCCGAGAUUGAAUCACUGCCAGAGAUCUCCAUCUCCGACGAGUUUGGUACUGGCGAGGCUACCUUGCAUGCGGCAGAGAAGUGUGCAUCCAUCGUAGUGAACUUUACAAGACGACUGACGUCCAGUGACUUCACGGCCUUUUGGUAUUCCUGGUCCCGAAUCGGCUUUGCAACAAUAUCUAAUUACCUCAUGUUGCUACUGGUACAGGCCCCUAAUAUUGCUCACGCGAUCCGAGGAAAGCACUUGGUCGACUCGUGGCUUCAAGUUCUACGAUGUCAAACUCAAAGCUUCCCACUUGUCAAACUCGGACUUGCACGCCUUGAUGCGCUUCAUUGGGCAGGCCUAGGGAACACCUUUGUGUUGCCAUUGCACGUGCAAGAGGCUAUAGUAAACCCUGAUACCCAGGAGACUUGA